AUGGAUAAAAAGGAGCAACAAAUUGUAGCGUGGCUGAUGGAAGAAGGUACGGAGGAAAUAGAGGACCCAGAUAGUAGGAUUGACAGAACAGAUAGAUACGAUAAUGUGAUAAUAUCCAUACAAUUUUGUGUGCAUUGUGGUAAGACAAUGGAGUAUCCAGAUGGAAUCGAAGAUACUUACGAAUCGAUAGAAAGACACUAUGCUGGUAAAUCUGUUUUCAUUACCGGUGGCACUGGAUUUUUGGGAAAGGUUUUCGUCGAGAAAUUAUUAUACAGCUGUCCAAAAAUAAACAAAAUUUUUCUACUACUACGAAACAAAAAUAAAUCAGAUAUUUCAGAAAGAAUUAAGCAAUUAUUGGAAUUACCGAUAUUUGAUAGAAUUAGAAAAGAAAAACCGGAAAACCUUGAAAAGGUUGUGCCUUUAUCCGGAGAUGUAGCUCUACCUAAUCUUGGCAUGAAACAGGAAGAUGAACAGAUGUUGAUAGAUCAGGUAUCCUACAUAUUUCAUUUUGCGGCAAACGUUAAAUUUAACGAAACAUUAAAUGUGGCAAUGAAUAUCAACGUAGAAGGAACAAGAAGAGUGCUCAAGUUGUGUCAGCGCAUGAAAAAUAUCAAAGUUUUCGUGUACGUGUCUACGGCCUACUCUAACACACAUAAACGAGUUCUGGAGGAAAUCGUUUAUUCAUCUCCUGCUUCAAUUGAUGAAGUAUACAAAAUUCUGGAACAGGAAGUAACCAAUGAAGAUAAGCUAAAAAAACUUAUUUGUGGCAGGCCUAAUACUUAUACCUUUGCUAAAGCACUUGCGGAAAGCCUCGUGAGUCAAGAACGUGGUGACUUUGCUACAAUAAUCAUCAGACCAUCCAUUGUAUCAGCAAGUUUUCGUGAACCACUGACGGGAUGGCUGGAUAAUUGGUUCGGUGCCACAGCUCUUCUCGCCACCAUUGCUAAAGGUCUUAAUCGUAUUAUACUUAGUAAGAGCACUAACCUCUUAGACCUAAUUCCUGUUGACUUUGUAUCCAACCUCAUCGUUGCGGCAGCUGCUAAGUGCAAAAGAUCAAAUGAAGUAACUGUUUACAACAGUUGUACUAGUGAUGCAAAUCCAUUAACAAUGGCUCAGUUUGGCAGGCUUAUUACUGAAGACAGCGUGAAACACAAUUUCCAUGAAAUAAUAUGUCCAACAUUGUUUUUUACACAGUCACAAUGGUUGCUGAAAUUUUUAACAAUAAUCAUGCAAAUAAUACCAUGUUUCAUCGCUGAUUGCUGGCUACGUUUAAUGGGUAGGCCACCCAGGUUUAUGAAGAUGCAGAGAAGGAUACUACAGACACGUAGUGCUUUACAGUACUUUUCCUCAAAUUCCUGGCAGAUGAAGUGUCAACGCACUCGGGAUUUGUUUGCUUCAUUGUCAGAUUCAGAUCGUCUUAAGUUUCCUUUUGAUCCAACACUUUUCAAAUGGGACGAGUAUUUACCAAUCUAUUGUAUGGGAAUCCGAAAGUUCUUAUUCAAAUUAUCCUCACGAAAUUAG